AUGCCCUUCUCAACAGACGGAUACCGAUGGACCCCAGAAGAGGGUCUCAAGACUGGCGUUCCCACGGAUGCUGUGAUAGUGCCCCAGUCUCUCAACAUCGAUGCAGACACUGUAUAUGAUGCCAUAGUGGUUGGUGCCGGCUAUGCUGGCCUGCGCGCCACGAGAGAUCUCUCUCUCCAAGGCCACAAGGUACUCAUUUUGGAGGGUAGAGAUCGUAUCGGGGGUAGAACCUGCUCGGUCAAAGCGGAUGGAUAUGUCUACGAAGCGGGCGGUACCUGGGUGCAUCGUAACCAAGCGCUGGUUUGGUCAGAGAUUGUGCGCUAUGGUUUUGAGAACCGCCUAAAAGACAGUCAAGAGUUUUACGAAGGCUCCCGUUGUCCAACAGCCAUCCGAAAUGACGCGGUCCACGAGGUUCCUUGGACUGACCAGACUUCAGCAACCGGAUUCGCCAAGUUUUGUAACAUUGAUGGCCAAAUGGGCAAUUCUGUUUUUGGUCUUCACCAGCCAGCGGAUUGGCUGCGCCAUGAGGACUUUAUCAAAUGGGAUAGCAUGUCCUGCCAGGACCGCCUUGAUCAAAUUAAAGAGGACCUAAGUGCAGAGGAGAUUGAAGGUAUCAUCCAUCUAUUGCUAGCCCUGAGCAAAGGACCCCUUACACGCCCAUCUUACGGUGAAGUGCUAAGGUGGGUGGCGCUGAGUGGCGGUAAUCUCGCUAGCAUGGGUGAGCAUACUGCCCGUUGGAAGCUGGCUGACGGACAGACGGCUUUGGCCCUGGCCAUGUUCGACGACGCCUUGAAAACUGGAAACUUGGCGUAUAGCUUUUCCUCCAAUGUGUCGUCUGUAACGACGGAGGGUCAUAUCACAACCGUGACAACAACCGCUGGCCAGUCCUUCAAAACCUCGUCCGUGGUCGUGGCGGCUCCACUGAACUGCCUCGCCGAUAUACAAUUUUCCCCUGCACUGGACCAGACCAAGGCUGAGGCUAUAGCCCAAGGUCACACGAACCACGCGUACAAGGUGUGUGUUGAGGCCAAGGGUAAGCAGUGGAGAAACUGGAUGGGCAAUGCCUACCCGCAUAAAGGUGUUCCUUUCCUUAAUGGUGACGGGAUUAACCCUUCGGGAAAUUCCUACCUUAUCUCGACUCCAGGCAAUUAUAUAGAUCCUCAAAACGAGAUGGACAAGCUACUAGAGGGACUGCAAUAUCUGCACCCGGAAUUGGAGGUCUUGCGCAUAUUUGGAAUGGAUUACCACAGUCACCCUCUCUCCAAGGGCGGCUGGGCGGUUCAUGGGCCAGGUUAUGUUACAAAGUACCUGGAAAGCCUCCAGGCGCCGGCUGGCAAUGUUUAUUUUGCCAGUGCGGACUGGGCGGAUGUCUGGAGGGGAUUCAUUGACGGAGCGCUUGAAUCGGGAGCCAAAGCAGCUUGGAGUGCUCACAAGCAGCUGCGCAACGCGUCAUCUUGA